CGAUGAGCCGAUUUUUAUGGACCUCGACACUACGAGCGGUCAGCUACGAUCUGCCCCUCUUUAAGGCCUACAACUCCACGAAUUUAUUUCCACAUUCUUGAUACCCUCAAUUUCAGUUCCAAUUUUAAUUAAGUCAAAAUGCCUUACCCAGAGACCACCGACGCGUUCGCCGUCACUGACAUCAAGAACUGGAGCACCUUCAAGCGCCAGGAGCUACCUCUCAAGAAGUUUGAGGAACAUGACGUUGAUAUUGCCAUUGAUGCUUGCGGUGUCUGCGCCUCCGAUAUUCAUACCAUCACUGGUGGGUGGGGCGAGGACGUUCCACUUCCACUUUGCGUAGGACACGAGGUCAUUGGCAAGGUCGUCAAGGUCGGCUCCAAGGUCACCAAGAUUAAGGUUGGUGACCGUGCUGGUGUUGGCGCGCAGAAAGGUGCAUGUCUUUCGUGCGGUCAGUGCAAGGCCGACCAGGAGAACUACUGCCCGAGCCAAAUCGACACAUACGGUGCUAAGCACGACGAUGGCACUAUUGCCCAAGGAGGGUACUCCAGCCACAUGCGGGCUCACGAGUACUUCGUCUUCAAGAUCCCAGAUAACCUCGAGACUGCGCUCGCGGCACCUAUGCUCUGCGCCGGUCUGACCACAUACUCGCCGAUCAAGCGGUUAGGAGCUGGCCCUGGCAAGAAGGUUGCCAUUGUCGGACUCGGAGGUCUCGGUCACUUCGGUGUCCUUUGGUCAAUUGCUUUGGGCGCCGAAACCUACGUCAUCUCGCACUCUCCCAACAAGAAGGAGGAUGCGCUGAAGAUGGGCGCAAAGGACUUCAUCGUCACCAAGGAAAAGGGUUGGGCCGAGAACUGGAAGUUCGCCUUCGACUUUAUCAUCAAUACCGCAGAUGCUACCGACAAGUUCGAUCUGUCCGAAUACUUCUCCACCCUCAAAGUCAACGGUACCUUCCACAUGGUCGGCUUCCCAGACAACCCGCUCCCGGCGAUGCAGGCGCAGAUCUUCGCCCCGAACGGUUGCUACAUGGGCGCGUCGCAUAUCGGUAACAGGCCUGAGAUGGAGGAGAUGCUCGAGCUUGCGUCAAAGCAGAACAUCAAGAGCUGGGUCCAGGAGCUCCAGAUCGGCGAAGCGGGUAUCAAGGAGGCUGUUGAGCGCGUCUACAAGAACGACAACGUUAAAUACAGGCUUACUCUUACUGGCUAUGACAAGGUAUUCGGAAAGAGGGCAUAGAGCGCUCCUUGCUUUCAAAUACUUUGUCUCAUCUUAUAGCUAGAUACGAAAAUGUAAUGACUUCUUGAACAAUCCCUGC